AUGGUGGAAAUUGAUGGGGAUGAACAAGUUGGUGUUAAGUAUGAAGAAAUAGAACCAGGUCAAUAUGAAGAAUAUAUUACAGAUGAUCAAUAUGAAGAAGUGGAAGAACAGGUUAUUGGUAUGCAGCAUUUGGAGGAGGUUGGCAGUGAAGAAGUCAUACUACCCGGCAUGCCAGAUGAGGUGAUGCAACAUACAGAGAGUCCAUAUGACACUGUUUAUCCCGCACCGGCUUCCACUAGCAGAAGGGGUCGAGGCAGGCCGCGUGUAAAUGCUAAUACAACAAAUAAUAUUCAUCAUUUAAUGCCUAUCGGAGAAGUCCCAAUGGGUCUAAUGGAAGGGAAUACCCGAGCUGCCCGCAGAUGGGAGCAAAAGCAAGUUCAGAUUAAGACCAUGGAGGGAGAAUUUUCUGUCACCAUGUGGGCUACGGGAGAGGAUGAUGAUGAUGGAUCGAACCCAGAGCCAGACCCUGACUAUACAGAGUAUAUGACGGGAAAGAAGAAUGUGCUGGGAAAUGAUAAUAUGCCAGGAUUAGACCUAUCAGACCCGAAACAAUUAGCGGAGUUUGCGAGACCUGGGCACAAAAUUAGGCUAAAGAAACCCUCACCCGAGUCGUCUGAUAGAACUAUAGCGUGUCCCCACAAAGGCUGUUCCAAAAUGUUCCGAGACAACUCGGCCAUGAGGAAACAUUUGCACACGCACGGGCCGAGAGUGCAUGUGUGUGCGGAGUGUGGUAAAGCAUUUGUAGAAAGUUCAAAAUUAAAACGACAUCAGCUAGUCCACACGGGGGAGAAACCUUUUCAAUGCACAUUUGAAGGUUGCGGGAAGAGAUUCUCCCUGGAUUUCAAUCUAAGAACACACGUCCGUAUCCACACAGGAGAUAGGCCUUAUGUUUGUCCUUUCGACGGUUGCAACAAGAAGUUCGCGCAAAGCACCAACCUGAAGUCGCAUAUUCUCACACAUGCCAAAGCAAAAUCAAGAAACUCCCUUUCGCGCAAUGGUGGAGCUUCAUACGAGUCGGCCAGAACUACACCUCAAUAUGUACAACUUGAAGUUUCUCCCGAUGAUUCGAAUCCUCAAUUAAUCUUCUAUACCCACGAG